GUUAUAGUUUUGGUUUUGUACACCAGCUGUUAAUACAAUAUUUUUGGUUAUGGAAAAUAUAUUUCACAGCUGUUUAGAUGGUACAAUGAUUCACUACACUAGCUUGUUUUGUCAAAAACUGAAAUUAAGUGAACUAUUAGAAUUUUAGGCCCCACCAACCAGGAAAUGGUGGGGAAAUUUCUGCGUAGUGCAUCAUUAAGCUAUAUUUUUAUGAUCUGUUCUUCAAUGUCUUGUCCAAGGAAUGUGAUUUAUGCAAUAGGUAUUAGGCCUAGCCUACUCCUGUGUCUCUGCAGCCUGCCUUCUGGAAAAAUGUCCCAAAGUGAAAAAUCUUCAGUUCUUGGAACUGUUCCUCUUGCAGUUUGAAAGGAAACCCCUGCCAAACAAAGCACAUUCCUAAAGCUGGAGGUUCCCUCAGCACUAGCCCUUGGUCAUGACACUCAGUUCCAUUAUAUAUAAGUAAUUGGACGAAGGCUUCUGUAGGGUAAGUUUUGUGAAGAGCCGCAAUGCUCGGCCUGAACAUAAACCGUACCGCGAGCGAUAGUGUGUUGAAACCUUAUCUUUCAUAUCGGCGAGUAAUAAAAAGUUUAAUUGAUACACGCCUUUUAUAGGGUUAGUGUUCCCACAUGGUCAUAUUUCCAUGUCACAGCGCUUGUUUACGGAAAACAGAUGGAAGACUGAGUGGGCUAUCUGUGCUAAUUAGCUAUCUGUGUCUCCGAACACCUGUAAACGGAAGAACGAUGCCACAAAGUUGUCACUGAAAAAUACUGGUGGCUGCAAAUGUGUUUAAAGCGGGUUAAAACAGUCAGGGUGUAUUUUGGAUUUGAAAAUAGAAGGGUAUAUGUUUCUAGAACUGGACCAUAAUUGAGAAUCGAUUUAGAUGGAGUAUUUGGCUGUUUUGGCUUCCAGAGCCAAUUCCCCCUUUAAACAGAAUAUGUUUGUGCAUGUGUGAUUGUGUCCUCCUUUGUGAGUGGGCUCCUCCUUUUGUGAGUUGUUCACCAAAAUCCCCUAACCUCCCAUACAAGACGGUCCUAGCCAUGUUUUCUGCACUGCAUAGCACAGUGUUUCCCAAUCCAGAAUAAUAGGUACAUGAUAGUGUUAACUUGGCUAAGAUCAAGUGUAGGGUUGCAAAAUUCAGGAACUUUCAAUAAAUUCCCUGGUUUCCCGAAAUCCCAUUUGGAGGAUCCCGGAACCAGGAGGGAAUAAGCAGAAAAUGCAGAGUCCUCCAACCAGGAUUUUUAGAAAACCAGGGAAUUUAUUGAACGUUGCCAGAAUUUUGCAACCCUAAUCAAGUUUAGUAUCUGUUCUUAUCAGUUUAUCUAAUACAUCCCCUGUCGGGGGAUUACUUAUUAAAUGGGGUUUUCAAAUAGGGAGUGGGAAAUGGGAGUUGCUCCACUUUAUUUAUUUAACUGGGCAAGUCAGUUAAGAACAAAUUCUUAUUGACAAUGACGACCUAGGAACAGUGGGUUAUCUGCCUUGUUCAGCAUCUACCCGGUAUUGGAGUACCCCCGGGAAUGGUGCACCACUUUUCAGGGGGUCACCAGAGGGUUUCCAGGUCAAAUCUCUGGUCUGAAGUGAGCUGGCAACUGGAGGGUUGCUGCUGGUAUCAAGUCCUAAAUGCCAUUGCCAGCUGUUGUGCCCUUGAGAAAGGCACUUAACCCCCAAAACAACUGCUCCACAGGUGCCCAGUGUGGCAGCCCCCUCCUCCAACCUCUCCUAUCCUGUAGAGGUAUGUGUAUCUUUUGGACGGGUUGAGAUAAAGUGGAAGUCACAUUUCGGGUUGGACCUUGUGAUCUUAAAAGGAAAAAUGUUUUGGUUGGAUCUGUUAGGACUGGCUCUUUGGCUUUGGAAGAUGUUUGACUGUGAGAUCAGAGGUUAGUAUACUCAGUGUAUGUUGACUAUAAGAAAGGCAUUGAAGUAUUACUUCACACCUGAACCUGAUGGUCUACAGAAGACAUUCCAUCAUGUUACUCUAUGAAGAGUGAGCAUAGACUGAAGGUCAGUUUAUUCCCCAGUCUCUGUCACCCAGUCCCGUUCAUUCAUAGCUACAGAAAAGAGCAGCCCUCUAGGUCCAGGUUGUGUGUUUGGGUGAUCUGGUGUGACUCACAUCUCAGCUACAGACAACUGCUACAGACAACUGUAGCCUACCCAGUAUGUGUGUUGAGAGCCCAUGUCAGCAGCUGGCAAUAUGCAUUGCACAAUCCAAACAGAGGUCAGAUGGAGGUGAGAACAGGCCUACGCACACCUGACUGGAAUGUAUAGGCUUCAGUAGAACACUCAUUGCUGCAAGAUGUCCCUAUUUCUGUGUUUUUGUUUUGCAUUAUAGGGGCAAUUGUAAAGGAAUAUUCCAAUGCUAAUUUUACAUUAAUACUGCCAAUAAGUGGAAUGUUUAUGUUACUGUAUUGUAUUUCCCUUUAGUUAUUUGAACAUUCACAGUCUGGCCUGUCUCUUGCCCUCUGGCUGUUCAGGAAUGUGUACACUAGAUAUAUUUCAAUGGGGGGUCUGAAUAAACAAGCACCUCCCCACCACAGGGUUGCAACACACACACACACUUGCGCACAGCUGAGAGACAUUAGGCAGAGUUUAGGCCCACUCCUCAUGAGCACAAGCACUCUGCUGCUCUGCCAUAAAUGAGGUGAGGGAGGACAACGGGGAACUGUUAGAAAAGCUCUGGAAAGAUCUCAUAACUCCAACACAAGGACCAGACGGCGUGUUCUCUUUAUUUGCAACUCUUUUUGAUGGAUUAUGUCAGUUAGUCUAAAGAAGAAAGAGAAUUGAAAGAGUUUUGGCUUCAAGUUGGAAUUUCUUAAUAUGCCAAACAAGAGUUUAGGAAAAGUUCACUUUGUCACAGGCACAGAUAAUUGUCUUUAACCAGAAAUGCUCCCUAUGUAAUUUAUAUUUUAAAAUGAAGCAAGUAUAAUAUUUACUCUUAACUCUUUGUCUUCCUAAUUGAUUAAACAAUGAGAGACUUUCCAGGCAGAGAGUUUGUACUUCCAUCUGCACCCAUCUUAAGAGCAGGCACAAAGACACCCAGAAAGCCUGUUUUGGUUUAAUGGUCACAUAGGCUAUGCAGUGAGGUAUAGUAUAGCCAGAAGCAGCAGGUUGGGUUCGAUCGUAGGAAUCUUAGGGGAGAGCAUACAGAAAAGGUUUUACUGAGACCCCCCUCCCCCUCAUCUCAGGCAGUAUAAUUUAAAUUUAAACCAUGUCCAUAUCUCUAAGAACUGUAUUGCCUUGCCGAGCCUUUUGGAAAGCCAUUACUCUGCUAAUUGGUUCACCCAUUUAGCAGAUUUUGUUUAUUUUUAGGCUAUUCUCAGUGCUCUUCUCUUGCAAUGUUACACAACCAUUCCUUGAAGACAAAAAGUAAAAUGUUCUUGUGAACAACACCUAGCCUAUUUUUUUUACUUCUUGGUGUGAUUUUAUUUUAUUUUGUUCAGGAUGAAAAAGACUGCCUCAUUUGUCCUUUAACACUGUUUUAUAAGCUCUGCUGUCAUACAGCCCCAAAUACUUUCCCUACCUUGGUCAUCAUGACAGCAAGGCCAGUUGUCCAUGCACCUGGGUGAGAUGUGAGCUAAUACACAUGGAUUGUGUAUUAAAUCUUCAUCUGUGACAGUAAGAACUUCUGACCGCAGAACAACCCCAGUUAGACCCAAACCAGCCAGUGACUGCCAUCUAGUGGAGUUGACAGUCAGGAAAUCUGAGACUGAGCAAGAUGAAUUCCAAAGGAGAAUGCCUUGUUUUCCAGACUUGUGGAGAUAAGGUGUUUUCCUUUUUAUGGAAAUUGUUUCAAUGAAAUGUAUUUGAUUGUAAUCUUUCCACUGAUGUGUUGUCCUUAACCUCUUUUGUGUGUCCACACUGAGGUGUAAAUGUAUGGGUAUCAGAGAGCCCAGUAUGAAGAAGACAGGCAGGCCGGUGGGGACUAAGGCUCAGAGUGGAGAGAGGGGGAAGACUGAAGGCACUGCUACAGGAACCACCGGCAAGGCUGCAGCCAAGACCACCACAACAGCACCACUGUCAAAGGUUAAAAGCAAUGAUGAUCUGCUAGCAGCAAUGGCAGGGGGAACUCCAGCUACGAACCGCACUGUGACCAAGAAUAAGAGGUCUGCCUCCACGGGGAACAGCAAUGGUAACCCAGACAGUAAACCAAAGACUAGCACAGGUUCCUCAGCCAAACGUGUGACGUCCUCGACCUCCAAGGAGCCCAGCUCAUCAAGGGAUCGUCUGCGGACAUCCAGAACAUCGCCUAGUAAGAAGCAGUCAUCAGGGGCAGGGCAGGGAGAUGUGGCCCAGGGAAAGCGCUCUCGCAGCCAGCAGCUAGCAGAGAGCCGCAUGAACAAGUCUAAAUCAGACAGCCAGAUCAGUGACAAGGUGGCCCUGGAGGCCAAGGUGGAGGACCUGCUGGGUUUGGCCAAGAGCAAAGACGUGGAGAUCCUGCACCUACGCAGUGAGCUGAGAGAUAUGAGGGCUCAGCUGGGCCUGGGACGGGAAGAGGUGCCCCCAGAGGAGGGAGAAGGCGGAAGGGGGGAGGAGAAGCCCCUGGAGAGGGAGGUGUCGGCCAUCACAGCAGCGGACGUGGAGUCCACGCUGCUCCUCCUGCAGGAGCAGAACCAUGCCAUCCGUGAGGAACUGAACCUGUUGAAGAGUGAGAACCGCAUGCUGAAGGACCGACUCAAUGCGCUUGGCUUCUCCCUGGAGCAGAGGCUGGAUGGCUCUGACAAGCUCUUUAACUACGCCUCCCUGAGCCCAGACCUGGCUGCCAGCAGCAGACACAGCGAUGGCAGGUGCACUGGUACCCUCACUUCCUCUGUGGAGGGCUCUGCUCCGGGCUCCCUGGAGGACCUGCUGACGGACCAACAGCACGGCGGUUCAUUGGACAACUUGGACAGUGAGUCCAGCGAGGUCUACCAGGGUGUCACAUCCAGCGACGACGCCCUGGACGCCCCCUCCGGAGCCUCCUCCUCCUCUGAGUCUGAGAGCCUGCCCAGCCGAGAACGCUCGUGCCGGGGCAGCAGCGGCAACGCCAGCGAGGUGUCUUUGGCCUGCCUGACAGAGCGAAUCCACCAAAUGGAGGAGAACCAGCACAGCACGGCCGAGGAGCUGCAGGCCACACUACAGGAGCUGGCUGACCUGCAGCAGAUCACCCAGGAGCUGAAUGGAGAGAACGAGAGGCUAGGGGAAGAGAAGGUAAUCCUCAUGGACUCUCUGUGUCAGCAGAGCGACAAGCUGGAGCACUACGGCCGGCAGAUUGAGUACUUCCGCUCUCUGCUGGACGAUCACCACGUGUCCUACGUCCUGGAGGAGGACAUCAAGAGCGGCCGCUACAUGGAGCUGGAGCAGCGCUACAUGGACUUGGCCGACAACGCCCGCUUCGACAGGGAGCAGCUACUGGGGGUGCAGCAGCACCUCAGCAACACACUGAAGAUGGCUGAGCAGGACAACACCGAGGCCCAGGAGUUGAUCGGCGCUCUGAAGGAGAGAAACCACCACAUGGAGCGCAUCAUGGAGUCAGAGAGGCAGGACCGGGGGGCCAUGGUGGCAGCGCUGGAGGAGUACAAGGCGGCGGUGAGCAGUGACCAGGUAGAGCUGAGCCGCUGCAGGGCCCAGCUGGACCAGGAGAGGCAGAAGGUGGCUGAGCUCUACUCCAUCCACAACUCUGGAGACAAGAGUGACAUCUGCCAGCUGCUGGAGGGUGUUCGGCUGGACAAGGAGGAGGCAGAGGGCAGGGCUGCCAAACUGCAGGAGGACCUGGGCCACGCCUGCAGUGAUGUCACCAAGCUGCAGGACACCCUCAAUAAGCUGGAUGGGGAGUACCAGGACUUCCAGGAACAGGUACAGAAGCAGAUGGCUGAGCAGAAGCGUGGGCUGGAGAAACAGCACGGUGAGCUGCUGGAGAAGGAGACUGAGAUCGGGGACAUGAAGGAGACCAUAUUUGAGCUGGAGGAUGAGGUGGAGCAGCACCGAGCAGUCAAACUCCACGACAACCUCGUCAUCACAGACCUGGAGAACUCUGUGAAAAAACUACAGGACCAGAAGCAUGACAUGGAGCGGGAGAUUAAGAUCCUCCACCGGAGGCUGAGGGAAGAGUCGGCAGAGUGGCGUCAGUUCCAGGCUGAUCUGCAGACGGCUGUGGUCAUCGCUAAUGACAUCAAGUCGGAAGCACAGGAGGAGAUUGGGGAUAUGCGUCACCGUCUCCGCGAGGCCCAGGAGAAGAACGAGAAGCUGGGCAAGGAGCUGGAGGAAGUCAAGAACCGCAAGCAGGAUGAGGAGAGGGGCAGGGUGUAUAACUACAUGAAUGCAGUGGAGAGGGAUCUGGCUGCACUGAGGCAGGGUAUGGGCCUGAGCCGUCGCUCCUCUACCUCCUCAGAGCCCUCUCCCACCGUCAAAACCCUCAUCAAGAGCUUCGACAAUGCCUCCUCACAAGGUACCCCAACCUGCGAGUGCCUAGUCCCCCCGACCGCUGCCCCUGCUGUCACAUUACCACGCACUCCCCUGAGUCCCAGCCCCAUGAAGACCCCUCCUGCUGCCGCCAUCACACCCAUGCAGAGACAGUCCAUAACUGGGUCCAUCUCAGCAGCCAAACCCCUCUCCUCUCUUAAUGACAAAAGGCCCAGCUACACAGACAUCAGCAUGCCAGCAGAGCAUCAUCUUAGGGGCUCCUCUGCCAGCCGCCCUGCCUCUGCUCUGCAGAGGGUCUCAAACAUGGACUCAUCUAAGGCCAUGGCCAUAUCAGUGUCCCGCAGGAGCAGUGAGGAGAUGAAGAGGGACAUCUCUGCCCCUGAGGGUGGCACCUCGUCCUCUCUGAUGACCAUGGGCUCUGCUUCCUCCCUGUCCUCCUCCUCUCCCACCGCCUCCGUCACCCCCACUGCACGCAGCCGCCUCCGAGAGGAGCGGAAGGACCCCCUCUCAGCGCUGGCCCGGGAGUAUGGGGGUUCCAAGAGGAACGCACUGCUCAAGUGGUGCCAGAAGAAGACUGAGGGGUACCAGAACAUCGACAUAACAAACUUCAGCAGCAGCUGGAACGACGGCCUUGCGUUCUGCGCUGUGCUACACACCUACCUGCCUGCUCACAUCCCCUACCAGGAGCUCACGAGCCAGGACAAGAGGCGAAAUUUCACACUAGCCUUCCAGGCUGCAGAGAGUGUGGGGAUCAAGUCCACUCUGGACCUCAAUGAGAUGGCCAGUACUGAGAGACCAGACUGGCAGAGUGUGAUGACCUACGUCACGGCCAUCUACAAGUACUUUGAGACCUGAUGUGAUUUCCCCACCCAACACUGCAAGCACAACCUGCAGCCCUGCUCGGAAGCUCCUCUGACCUCACUGCACCUCCAACACUUCAACUCGACAUUCAACUCUGGUGUUAUAGCUCACUUCACUGAACCACCCUUCAUCCCAGCCGUGCCACACGCCGGCCACUCUGUCUCUGGUCUAGAGGCCUGCUAGUUUUGAAUCGCCAUAAGAAACAUACAAAUAAGCUCACUGCAAGCUAUUCAUAAUAUUGCUAUUGUGAACAGUCUUGCCCUUUUCACUGACAACUUAAGUGUGAUGGACACACAGCUUAAGGGCACUUCAAGCACCUAUUCAGGGCCUGCUCUGUUGGGGAUUCUAUUUUUACUCUGAUCCGCUACUGGAUAACCCGGUUGAGAUGACCCUUAAUCCAAAUGAUCUGGUUAAACCAGUUGGAGAACAUGCUACAGACUAUCCCAGUCGUUGUGCCUUGCACCCAGCCUUUACUCUUCUAGUCAAGGGGUUAUCCAAAAUGUUUCAGCCAAACCAUACCCAUUGUGUGUAGUAUGUUCAUGGCACUUAUUUUCUAUGGAAAUAAGAGGGACAAAUGGAACACUUUGUCAGGUGCAGGUUAAUCUUUUAUCAUGGAUUAAGUGCCUGUUUAAAUCGCAUCACUGACUUCCUAAGAGGUUGUAGCAAAAAUGUCUCAAUGAAACUGUUUCAAUGCUCCAUGCUUUCAAAGCAUCUUUGGAGAAAUCGAAGUGAAGCUUUUUAGAAACACUAGUUAUUCAGCAGUUAUAUGAAAAACACUAGCUACAUCAUAAGGGAUAAAGCUGUCAGGUGCUCUCACGAUCACCUGUUAGAUUCAAGCUACAAUGUUGAUGUGCUUUUGGUCUGUUUUUAGGAGCGUGAACAUUGCUACAGUAGCAUUUUGUAUUGGUAACAGAGACCAAUGAACUUUACGGGACCAACACAAUGCCUCUCCGUGACAGCUUUCUCACAUAGAACUGUCUUAAUCCUGAACCAAAAAAGGAAUGUGUUUUUUCCUUAUGUGAAGUCCAGGGCUAGACUUGGCAAAAGCCCUGCUUCUUGGUGAUUUGAUUGGACUGUUUGGCCAGGAUGUUGAGUCUCAAGGUUGAAUAUUCUUCAUAGUCACUUUUGUUGUCGUCAUCAAUCAAGAUUGGAAAAGUUUUUCAACUGCAAAAUGCAUCAGUUUUGCUGUUGGACCCAAAUGUAUUAACAUAUUGUUAGUGUUGACACAUUACUUCCACCAACAGCAGACUGAUUUGCAUUCCAUACAUUGAACUCCCAGGAUUGUUCACAGUCCAGUGCUCUUGAACUAUAAGAUUGAUGUGUUAUUAGAUACUCUGAGCUCAAUUCACAAUGGAUUUAACUAAUCGUGUGUGUGUGUGU